AUGUCUCUACCCCACUUCGCGCCUUUCCCGGAUGCCAAAGUCAGACAGAACAUUCUUCCAGAUGAGUGGCGGCUAUACCUCGAUUCAUGGAACUCCCUAGCAGAACUGUAUCUCCGAUUACAUGAUCAGGAAUUCGCAACGGCAGCAUCUGACAACGACAACCUGACUACGUUUCUUUUGUCCUUCUUCCACGAAUUGGCCAAUGACGACAGCAUUGCAGCGAGAGUCCAGUCACUGCGAAAGCAAUGCUUUUUCCUACUUCACAGAUCAAUUUCGAAAGAUGGAAUAUCAGCGAGUCUUUUGAGUUGGUCAGCUUUAGCAGAUAUCUGUCAUGUCUACCCGAAGAGUGAGCAAUUUCGUGCUUUGCUGCAAAAGCUAUGGACACAAAAAGGAUCCACUAUUGAGAAGUCAUUGCAGACCGCAAAGACUUCGUUGAUCAGGAACCUGGAAUCUAAGCGACCGGAAGAGGCCGAGAGUACACUGGACCGGGUCGCGCCGCUCCUCAGAGUGUCGCCGGAUGCGAGCAUCUACAUGCUGACUGGAUCCGACUUCCUCGAUGCUCUAUAUGCUGCGUAUCCAAAUGUGCCGCCGCAAAUGAGAAAAAAGUUGGUUACUGUUGCCUAUCUAGGACUCACGGCCGUUUUAGAGGGGCCGAAACCCAAUUUCUCGCUCUUGUCAGAUCAUCUGUACAGUCUGAAAUCCAGCGAAGAGCAAGAGCAAAAGAAAGCGCCUGGAAAAAACACACUUGUUGCGGAUCUCGUCACCAAUACUCCCAUACUUGAGAAGAUCAGAGAAAAGACCACUGUCCCCGAAGCGACACGAGCAAAGAAUACUGCAGCCUCAUUGAGCGCAUUUCGCCAAUCUAACAUAGCACGGCCAAAGCGAAUAGUGCGGCGGAAGGUCGACAAGGGUAAGGCUCAGGCUAAGGAGGAUGAAUAUGGCCAUGAGGCAUUCACUGGCGAAGUACAUGUGCAUCGGAUGAAGCUGGGUGGUGGUUUCAUUGUCAAGUUACUUGAUGAGUACAACAACGACAUCGAGCAAGUUACCGCGUAUCUUCUGGAAGACUCAUUACCACCAUACUUAGCCGACGCUGAUCGUAGUGAGCAACUGCUCGCAGUUGACACAUCUCGCCUACACAUCGGUCGGCGGGGCAAAGAUCUCACUGCAGACAAGGUCCUAUCAGAUCGCAGCAAAGCACCCGCCAAAUCUUCGAUUUUAGCUGCACUUGCAGCUUUCGACUCAGACGACGACGAACGCGACGAUACUUACGACGUUGAAGAUGUUGGUGCAUCAGUCGACAAUGCAACAACAGGACCGGACGAAGCGGAUGCCGAUCUUCGUGACAAGAAUGAGGAAGCGUUGUUCCGCGCAUACACCAUGACACCAGAACUUUUCGGUCGUGACUCCGAAACACGGAGGGGCAAGCCCCGCACUGCGCUGAAGAGUGAGACUGGAAUGACCGACGAAGCGAUCGAAGGAUGGGGGAUUAUGAUCGGUCGUGAUCCCAAACGUUUACGUCGCCUCGAAGCCAGAUUCUCCACUUUCGCUGGCCAACAGCGCGAGCUUGCACCUACCUCAUGGCGCAACAGUCCCGCGGGAUCUGGCGACGAAGCUGGCGAAGGAAGCGGUGAGCGUGGCGGUCAUCGCGGCCGUGGAAGAGGUCGAGGACGAGGCCGCGGCGGACGUGGCGGUGGGGGUAAUGUCGCAGGCCCUGUCGAUGACAAGACCACACAGGUGGCACGGCAGCGUAAAGAUGCGAAUAAGGCUUCGAGGGCCAACCACAACCGAAAGGAUCAGAGAGGGAAGAAGCUGGCGAGAGCUGGCUUUUCGGGGUAA